GGCGCUGCCCCGGCCCGGCCGCGCUCCGGAAGCGGCGCGGGGGACGCGGAGCCGGCGCUGGCUAUUACAGAAUGACCUUACAUUGAGCCUUUGUGGAAGAACCAAGAUUUAAACAUCAGUUCUUCAAUGUGCAUCCUUCUAUUCAAGUUUGACCCCCGCCCAGCUUCAAAAAAUGCGUACAGGCUCAUUCUAGCAGCUAAUAGAGAUGAAUUUUACCACAGACCAUCCAAAUCGGCCGAGUUUUGGGACAGUAGCAAUGAGAUCCUCAGUGGUCUGGAUAUGGAGGAAGGAAAAGAAGGUGGGACAUGGCUGGGAAUCAGUAAGAAAGGCAAGAUGGCAGCCCUGACAAACUAUAUGCAGCCAAAGAUUGAUAAAAAUGCAAAAGGAAGAGGUGCUCUUGUAACAAACUUCCUGACUGCAGAUCUGGACAGCUACUCUUACUUGAAGAAAGUUUCAGCAGAGGGACAUCUUUACAAUGGAUUUAAUUUGUUAGCAGCUGACUUGAAUACCACCAAAGGAGACGUAAUUUGCUACUAUGGAAACAAAGGAGAACCAGAACCUGUUUUCCUAAAUGCUAGAAUAUAUGGAUUGAGUAAUUCUUUGUUGGAUACACCAUGGAAGAAGCUUCAGUAUGGGAAGCAGCUUUUCACAGAAGUGGUGAAGAGAAGUCAAGACCUUACCAAAGAAGACUUGGUGAAGGAGCUUCUUACAGUGAUGAAUAAUCAGGAGCCUCAGUUACCAGACCCUGCAAUUGAGGACCAAGGGAAGGAAUAUAUCCGUCCUGUCCUCAGCAAGUACGCAGCUGUGUGUGUCCGCUGCCCGGGCUAUGGAACAAGGACAAACACCGUGGUGCUCAUCGACGCCCAGGGCCGGGUGACGUUCACCGAGCGCAACAUGAUCGACGCCGACCUCGACCAGUGGCAAACCAGCACCUACGAAUUCCAGCUGCACUGCUGACAACUGCCCACCUGAAUGGUUUGUAAGAACAGCAGGGACAGAACAAGCCAUUAAGCUCUAGUAAAUGUUUUGUGCCAGCCUCCACAAGCUAAAAAUAGCAAGGCCAGCAAAAGUUUAAAUAAACUGGUAGCACACCCGGGUCAGGCUCUCAAAGUCUUUGGAUAGAACCAGAUGAAAACACUGGGUUUACGUUAAGUAGCAACUUACAAUCAGAAAUAUUUUUUUUAAUAUCACCCUGCCUUCAGGACGAGGCCAUCUUUGCCCAGGACAAAGUCAUUGCUUUUUGUGAGGGUGUGGGGUAUUUUAAAGAUGCUUUAAAUAAACUUAAACUUGUUUUCAGUUCUGAGGGGGGGAAACAUUUGCUGCUUUUAUUGUUAAUAUAUGAAGGUUUUACCAAACUUUACUUUUCCUUCAACAUAUGCUGUUAAGAGUGUCCAGCUGAUGCCAGUGUGCAUUAAAUGAAUGUAUGUUCUCCUGGUAGCAUUAAGUGCUUUAGUCCCAUGUCAACCUCUCAGCAGUGCCAUGGUGCACUGUUCUGCCUGGGGAGGGCAGAGCAGGGGGAUUCUUUACAUUUGUUUUCCUCUAGAUAGUACAGCAAUAUAUCUUCUUUCUAAAACUUGGUCUAAGAGUAGGUAGGAAAUUUUGCUCAGUCCCUGUUCACUUUUACUGAAAGAAUCACGGGAGCAGACUUGCCUACCUUUGACAGGAAUAAAAUUAUUGGUGUUGUGACAUCUUGUUUCCUGAUAGUCUAACUAGCAAUAUUGAUUUUGAUGUUUUCUUCCCCAGCAGGCAGGUAAGGAAUAGGUACCUGUUUGCAAACAGAAGCUGAAUGUGAGGUUUACAUAUAUCAGCUGUUUUGUACAUAUGCAAUUUUGGCUUCAAUAUUGGUAUAAUAUGUUAAAGCCUGGAGUGACUGAUCAUAGAUUUUUAGUAAAAAUAGCUGUUUGUUGUAAGGUGACAUUAUUGCACUCUUAUAUUGCUGAAAAGGUUGGGUAUUAAGAUGUACUUCCUAUGUUCUAACACCUGUGAAUUAAAAAGCUAUUUAAAUGCAUGCUUUUUUCAAUUAUUCAGUGCCAUGGUAGGUAAUGGAAGAUUCUAACUAUUAUCAGGAUAUUUGAAAACCCUAAGUUAUUUUGCUGCUACUGGUGUUCUGACUUAUUUUGAAUACUGAGUAUUAAGCUAGUGGUGGAUCACUGCUAUUUUUUUCCCCUCUAGAUAUGCUGACUGUAUUCUUUCCACAUGCCUCUGAUUUUAACUGAUUAUUUCAAAGUAGCAAGAUUUCUGAUCCUCUCUCCAAGGUGUGCAGUUGUGCUGCUUUGUGUUCCAUUCUCCCUGAGUGUGUGGAGCCAGCAGCAAGUGAGACUUGCCAUUGAGGUGAAGUACUGUGAAUCCCAGGUUUUUAACUGCCAGGAGAUGCUAAAGCAGCAUUCAGUCAAUUCUUUCCUUUCUAUUUGCAUAUUUAAGUAGCUUCUAGAUACCAGGACUGCUUGUAGAACUAGUCCCAGGCUGUUGCUGCAGUGCUGUAGAAGUGGCUCUUUGAGCACCUUGAUUGCAGGAUGAUCAGUGGGGCUGGGUUGGGUUGUACCUGGUUUCCAGCUCAGAGCCUCCCACACUGUCCUGAGCUGCAGGAAAGGAUUAGCCCUUUCCUAUUUUCUGAUCACUGUUUAAACCAUGUAUUUGUAUGGAUAAAAAUGCUAUUUUUAGAUGCAAGGAAGUAGCUGUAGCUGUCUUAAGUCUGAGUUUGACAAAUGCACAUUUUAAAACAAAGCUCUGCCUCAAUGGCUUGCUCUGAGAGUUUCCAUAGCAAACUCUUUUGUGGCUUAAGAAAAAAAUCACCAGCGGAUAUCUGAACAAGAAAUUCUCUUUGAAGACAUUAUCUUAAAGGCAAGCAAAAUGCUUGAAUGUAAUUUCAUGCUAAAAGCAUUUAUAAACCUUAGUUUUUAUAGCAGUCCUGUAAUAAUGAAAAUUUAUUCUCAUCUUUUACCUACGGGUAAAAAAGUACAAGUCAGAGCUUAGAUGUAAAAACAGAUUGUAAUCACAAAUUUUGCUUUACUUGAAUCAAAAUUCUAAAUCUGGGAUUUGCUUUCUCUGACAAUUAAACCAUAAAGAGCACAAACCUCUGAUGUUAUUUUUUAUCAUAUCAGAAUAGUUAAUGAGGGGAGCAUGUGAGUGUUGUUAUUGGCUUCAGUGGAAGCAGGAUCAGGACUGCAGUGCAGGGAUCAGCAAGUGGUGCUUGUCCAUAGAAAUGGUCAGGUGUUUGUGAAGUGCAUCAUCUACUCUGUGCAAAUCAUAGUUGCAAUGAAUCCACUGGAAAAAAUCAACUGUAGCUCAAGUUAGCAAAGAAAGUGUUUUAUUUUUGUAAAAGUAUUUUUAAUAACAAAAGGGAAUUUUAAAUAUCAGUUUUAAGGGAUAUAAAGGAAAAAGUGUAUAUAGGAAAAAUUUCAUUGCAUUUUAGUAAGUUUGCUUAUACAUAUCAUCUCUUCAAAGUCAUAAAUUUGCAAGAGAUUUUUGUUUCUAUUGGAAGGGUAGUAGAAGACAUUUUAAAAUAUCUGUAAAAACUCAAUUGUGUUUUUUUGCCUCAAGUUGUGUCAUAAUUGUUGUUUAUAUGUGUGUUCAAAACUAGAACCAGAAUAAAGUCAGUCUGGUGACCAGU